AUGAUCAAAACAGUCGAAUCAACCGCUACAAUGACAACCAACGAUUCUCCACCUCCAUACCAAAUCGAUACUCUUCCACUAUACAGCCCAAUAACAUGCAAAGUCUUGAGUAAUCCAGUUCUAUAUCAUAUCAACCGGCCCUUGAACGAUUACGAACUAUACUCCGAAGAUGAAGCGCUCGCAUUCUACAUUCAGGUCCAUUCCCGGAGCAUCAGUAAACCGGACUUGAGAAUCUAUCGAAGAGACAAAGGAUCCGGCCAGAAGAUCGCCGAGUGCAGAUAUGGCGAAGAAGCGAACCCGAUUCAGUCCGAUUCAGGUUGGCUCCGGCAAAGUAAUCCAUCCCAUCAUCUUGGUGGGAAAAUGACUGUUGCGUGGUGGACAAGGUCGACUCGAGAUAGUCCCCAUGCUGUGAACUAUCGAUUCGCGGCCCUCAUUGAAUCUCAAUCAGACAUGAUCGAGGAAGAACCCAUUAUGAAGACGCCAAAGACGUUUACGUGGAUGAAAACUUCAAACCUUGAGCUGCUGGACGAAGAAACAGGAACUGUCGCUGCCAUAUUCCAUGAGAACCAAUCUGAUUCACCAGGAUGUGGUACCUUGGAGAUAAUUGCGUCAUAUGACAAUGAGUUCAACCUCAUAGUAUUGAGUACCUUGGUUGCACUCAUCGAGAAGCAGAGAAGGCACCGAAAACGCUUCUCUGGAGAUCGAGCAGAAGAAAACUUGCGUGGCACGGUUGGGGGAAUUAUGGGGGCUUUGAAGCGAGGGUGA